AACCCCUAGCUUCUCCUCCACACCAUUAUCACUGAUGGUCGACCCCAUUCAUUGACCGCAGUGAGUGACCAAAGGGGUAACUUACAUGUUUCAAAUGAGAUAACAUUACGAUAAACUCUGGAUGUUUGAUCUGGCUGCUUAAGUUAUCAUGCGCUCACUCGUGGACGAUGUUAGCUUCGGUCAGCAGCUCUCUCGGUUAACGUUACUGUUUGUCACACACGGACUUAACGUUACCUCACCGUCAGCGACACUUUGAUGCUCCGAGCUGAGCCCGUCUCUUUCCUGUGAGGUAGCUGUGAGAAAGAGACACCUCUUCUGACAACUUGUAAGACACCAUGGCCCCACACCCGGUGGUCCAGGCUGUUAUUGACCUCUCUGCAGGAGCCAUAGGGGGAGCUGCAUGUGUCUUUAGUGGGCAGCCACUGGACACAGCAAAGGUCAAGAUGCAGACCUUUCCUACGCUGUACAGGGGUUUCAUCCACUGCAUCGCGUCUACCUACAAACAAGUGGGUCUGCGGGGCCUUUAUCAGGGCACCACGCCGGCGCUGAUGGCCAACAUCGCAGAGAACUCUGUGCUAUUCAUGAGCUACGGCUUCUGCCAGCAGGUCAUCCGCUUCACGGCCGGGCUGCACAGUGAUGCCGUGCUGAGUGACAUGCACAAAGCCUGUGCUGGCUCCGUAGCAUCCAUCUUCUCCUCGCUAGUGCUCUGCCCCACUGAGCUUGUCAAGUGUCGGCUGCAAGCCAUGUAUGAGAUGGAGGCAUCAGGAAAGAUAGCCAAGAGCCAGAACACAGUGUGGUCGGUGGUCAAAUCCAUAAUGAGGAAUGAGGGACCGCAGGGCUUCUUCCAGGGCCUGACCACCACCAUCGCCAGAGAGGUCCCUGGUUACUUCUGCUUCUUCGGUGCCUACGAGCUCUGCCGCACCACCUUCGCCGACUACAUGAAAUGUGACAAAGACGACAUAGGUGUGGCUCCGAUCGUGUUCAGCGGUGGUUUCGGGGGUGCGUGCCUGUGGCUGGUGGUCUAUCCCAUGGACUGCGUCAAGUCUCGGAUCCAGGUCAUGUCUAUGACAGGCAAGCAGGCGGGGUUCUUCAAAACCUUCAUGACCAUCGGCCGCACUGAAGGUGUGAGGGCACUCUACUCGGGUCUUACCCCCACCAUGGUCCGCACCUUCCCGGCUAACGGAGCACUGUUCCUGGGUUACGAGGCCAGCCGGAAGCUCAUGAUGAAGCAGUUUGACUGACAAAAUAUGCAGAACUCAAACGGAGGGGUGAACUGGAAGUGAAGUAUUAUAGCCAUAUAACCUCAUCCAGACUCCAGCUGAAGCUCAUUAUGUGUGGGAUCUGGUUUUGUUAAACCUACCUAAACUCUGCCACACUCCUCUGUCACACCUCUGACAGUAUUUCCAUUAUUUUUUAGAUUUAAAUAUUGCUUGUUUUUAACACUCCAUGAACGAUACUGCCAACGUACAACAUACAUACAUAUAUAUGAAAUAUGUGUAGCACAGUACUGAGAAACCUUGAGCAGCCUCUUUAUGAGGAAUUGUCAACAACACUCCCAUUUAUUGUUUGUGUCUACCUCAACAGUCGCAUCCGCACAGAAAUGUGUUUCUCUGCCAUUUCAGAUCCUUUACUUGCUCUGUGCGCAGCCACGUGAGGAAGAUAGAACCCCGUUAUAUAUUUGUGAGAUUAUCUUAAAUGCACAAAAUCUUCAAACCUGACUUCAGCACAUUGCAUGACAAAUUUUAUUGAAAAAUGUGAAGCGGCAUAUACUAAUUAAUUGACUUGCGUUUUCAGUUGUACAAUCAUGCUCAGCUAAGUAUGUGCCUCAGUUUUGGGUCACAUCUCGGUUUAUUUAGGUAAAGCGACAAAGAACAGUUCUGGUAACAACUAUUGUAAAACAUUUGUUGACUUAAAUUGAGCAGCUUUACAUUUCAGCCUCGAAUGAAACAGGCACCAGCAGUUGUUUUAAAUUUGAGUCUAGCCUUGUUUUCCACCACACUGACUCUUUUUGUAUUGACAUGUGAUUUUCCACUCCUGUUGUCAUUAAGUUUCCUUUCUUUUGUGACCCAGCGUUCGCCUUUUAAAUCACCACAAUUCGCCUUUUUUUGUUGUGUAACCUUGAUUGAGAUGUCAAUGAGAAAAUGUCAACUGCCUCAUCAAAUGUGCCAUUUGCACACUGCAUUUCAUGUGCAGGGUUUUUUUUCCCCCAGUGCUUACUAGUUGGCAGAAAUCUCAUUCAUAUUCCUUUAGUGUUAAUGGAGAAAUGUAGGUACGUUAGAAUGCAAACAACUUGAGACGACACUGAAAUGUUUGUAUAGAUAUCAAGCCUGAUAUUCACUGUAGUAAUACA